AUGCAGUCCUUCCGAGUCCUUCAGCGCAGCGCCGUCGCGGCCAAGUCGGCCCUGGCACAGCGAUCCUUCCACUCUUCGCGUCAGGCGCUCGCGCUCUCCAAGUUCAACAUGCCCGCGAUGAGCCCCACGAUGACCGAGGGCGGCAUUGCUGCGUGGAAGAAGCAGCCCGGCGAGAGCUUCAGCGCCGGUGACGUCCUUCUCGAGAUUGAGACGGACAAGGCUACCAUGGAUGUCGAGGCCCAGGAUGACGGUGUUCUGGCAAAGAUUAUUGUUGGCGACGGCUCCAAGGCUGUCCAGGUCAACUCGCUGAUUGCCAUCAUGGCCGAGGAGGGCGACGACCUCUCUGGUGCCGACGACUUUGCUGCCAAGGCGCAGUCCGAGUCCGGCUCCGCGCCCGCCGCCGCCGAGGACAAGAAGGAGGAGUCUGCGCCCGCAAAGGAGGAGGCUCCGGCGCCCAAGGAGGAGAGCAAGCCGGAGCCUGCGGCAUCGUCGUCGUCGUCGUCGUCUGCCUCCGCAGGCGCCAGCUCCAGGCCGGCCGGCGAGCGCAUCUUUGCCACGCCCGUUGCCAGGAGGAUCGCCCAGGAGAAGGGCAUCGCCCUCGACCAGAUCAAGGGCAGCGGCCCCGAGGGCCGCAUCAUCAAGGCCGACCCCGCUGCUGCGGCCGCCCCCGCUGCGCCCAAGGCCCCUGCUGCCGCUGCUGGCAGCUCCGCCGACUACACCGACGUCCCCGUCUCGAACAUGCGCCGCGUGAUUGCAUCGCGCCUGACCGAGUCCAAGUCGACGGUGCCGCACUACUACGUCAGCAUCGACGUCGAGAUGGACAAGGUGCUCAAGCUGCGCGAGGUGUUCAACAAGGCUGCCUCUGACAAGGCGGGCAAGGACGUCGAGAAGGCCAAGGCGGCCAAGCUGAGCGUGGGCGACUUUAUCACCAAGGCGGCGGCCGUCGCGCUCAAGGAGGUGCCCGAGGUCAACUCGGCGUGGUACGGCGACUUUAUCCGCCAGCACCACAAGGCCGACAUCAGCAUCGCCGUCUCGACGCCCACGGGCCUGAUUACGCCGAUUGUCAAGGACGUUGGCGGCUCGGGCCUGGCCACGAUUUCGGCGGCGACCAAGACGCUGGCGUCCAAGGCGCGCGCCGGCAAGCUGGCGCCCGAGGAGUACCAGGGCGGGUCGUUCACCAUUUCCAACAUGGGCAUGUUUGGCAUCACGCACUUUACCGCCAUCAUCAACCCGCCGCAGAGCUGCAUCCUGGCCAUUGGCGGCACCGAGGCGCGGUUGGUGCCCGACGAGGAGAGCGAGGCCGGCUUCCGCAAGGCCAUGGUCAUGCAGGCCACCAUCUCGGCCGACCACCGCACCGUCGACGGCGCCACGGCCGCCCGGUGGAUGAAGGCGUUCAAGGACGCCCUCGAGAACCCGCUCAGCUUUAUGCUCUGA